UUAGUGCCAGCGGUUUGGUGCCCAUGGUGAGAUCCUGGAGUCCUGGGAUCGACUCCCACAUCAGGCUCCCUGCAUGGAGCCUGCUUCUCCCUCUGCCUGUGUCUCUGCCACUCUCUCUCUCUCUGUCUCUCUCUGUGUGUCUCUCAUGAAGAAAUAAAUAAACUCACCUCUCAUCACUCCAAAAUUAGAGUGGUUUUAUCUGAAGAACUGGGAUUUGUUUUUUCUUCUAUUUUUCAGGGGAUGAACAAUCAAUAUAUCCGUCGGGAAGUCUUUUGCUGUGAAACUUGUCAUGAGCUCAAAAGUUUCUGGGAAAAAGAAAUUAGCAAACAGACUUGUUACAGGGAACUGGAGGAAGAUCGUCAGGGAAGGAGCGCCCUGAGAAAGCAACCAGAUAUUCUCAUCUGGUGUGAAGAAACUGAAGUACAAAUCACUGAUAAUGUUGAAAACACAGAUUAUUCCCUUGAACUUGAUGUGGAUGAAUUUCCCUGA